AUGAAAUUCUCAUUAGCUCUACUGCUGACAUUUGCUGCCUCCAUUUCUGCUCAUGCAGUAAUUCUCCAAGCUUCUGGCGAGGGUGAUAAGGUCUCCAAAGGCUUCCAAGUCAGAGAAGAUGUGUCUCGUGAGGGCACUGGAAGGGCUGCACAAGUCGACACAUCGAUCAUCAGGGCCGGCGAGCAAGCCUCUGGACUAGCUGGAUCUUGUGGACGCACAAACGCUGACGGUCCAAUCAAUGUCCAAGAAGAAAUGCGCAAGGCGGCUCAGAGGACUUCACUGGCUGAAGUUAGAGCAGGAGGCGAAAUCACGAUGACCACGCACGUCGUGAACGGAGAUGGCCGUGGACCCUUCACUUGCCAGGCAAGUGCAGAUGAUGGUGCUUCAUGGACAGAUAUGGUGGUCACUACGAACGUGCCAGGUGGACGAAUUCGCGCUACGGAUUUUCCCCUGAAGGCAAGAGUUCCGGCAUCAAUGACUGGCAACGCCCAGGGCCUCAUGACCGUUCGUUGCAUGAACAGCGCCCGUGCUGGUAAGCUCGUUCAACAGAUGAUUCAUUUGCUAACGCACAAGGUCCGUUCGGUGGCUGUGUCGCAGCUCGGAUUGUAG